AUGGCUGCCACACUAUACCCCCCGGCCUUGACGAUACCUCUAUACGCCAUCUUCACAGCAAUCGGUAUCAUCCUCACCAGCCUCCGGUUCUGGGUACGGCUUUCGUACGAACCCCGACUCUACAACGGCCGCAAACUCUACCUCGACGAUUUAUUCAUCGUUCUCGGCCUUCUCGUGACGUGCUCCUGCACCGGGAUCCAAUUCCACAACGCCAUCGAUGGUGCAUCCGGCGAGGUAGUGACCGGGGGCCACGUGAAAUCCGAGGUUGCUAUCGUCGAGCACAAAGUCGAUUUCACCAUGAUCGUUAUCGAGAAGCUCUCUUUCGGCGCCGUCAAGCUGAGUCUGCUGUACUUCUACCGCAGGUUAUUCGGCAACAUGGGACACUUCAAGCGCAUUAACAAUCUGCUCAUCUGGCUGGUGGCGUUGUGGACCGUGUCGUUCUUUCUAGCGGAUCUGCUUCUCUGCGGAUUACAUCCUGAGCUGCAGUGGGCUUUAGACCAAAUGCUGGCAAGAAAGGGAUGCGGCGACAAGGGCGGGCUGCUGAUUGCGUUCGCGGCGACGAGCGUGCUCACUGACGGGGCCGUCUUGCUGUUGCCUUUACUAUAUGUACAGAAGCUGAAACUACGGCACUCCGAGAUGAUCGCUGUAAGCGUGAUCUUUACUCUAGGUGGCUUAUCCACCGUGGCCGGCGUCCUGCGCACGAUUUUCCUUUGUGUCGCGUAUCCCAUGGGCCGAAUCACGUUCGGCUGGGUUGCGCCUCCCUUCGACGAGACGCCGCUCAUCUUGAGGGUGUUCAAUCCUACUUUCUUCGCUAUGCUCGAAAUGUUGUUGGGUGUUUGGGCGGCGAAUCUACCUGUUAUUUCUCCCUUGGUGUUCUUCAGGAAGGUGGGCGUAUAG